CUGUUGCGGGCGGCCGCCGGCCAUUUGUUCCGCCGAGCACCGACCAUUUUUCGAUGCAGCAGUCGCGAAGAGAGCUUCGAGAUAGCAUCAGUACGACAGCCACUUGCGACGACGACCACCACCACAAUCCGGUCCGUUGACCUUGCUUAACCCGCCCACCCGAAUCACCACCCCGAGUGUGCCUCACCAGAAACAACAACACCACAACAUCACAAUGCUUCGACCAACCCUCCUCCCCUCCCGCCUCCUCCGGCAACAACCAACCCUCACGCCCCUCCUCAGACAGUUCCUUUCCACAGCUCCCAGCCAACCCCAAAAACCCUCCUCAUCCCCACCACAAUCCCUCCCAAGACAAAGCCAAAAGACAUACUUCCCCUUCGCCCUCGGCCGCUCCCGCACAAACAACUACUCAGUCUACCAGGACGCCAAGCGCGGCGGCAAUUUCAAGCUCACAAUCAUCAAAAAGAUCGAGGGGAACAGGAUAGCCUUCAAGCAGGAGCUUGUCAAGGCGCUGAAUCUGUCGCCAAACGACAUCAGAGUCAACAGUUUGACGGGGCAUGUGGAAGUUCGGGGGCACCAUAGGUCAGAGAUUGUUGCUUUCCUGGAGGAGAGGGGGUUGUAAUGGGUGAAUGCCGGGAGACGGGAGGCCGUGUAUGAUAUCAGGAGGCCAAGAUGCAGUUCUGGAGAUGGAAAAUGAUAUACCCCCAUGCUGGAGGACGACGGUAGUUGUAUGAUACAAUCUAGGGUCCAUUGAACCUCAAGAUCGGUCA